AGUCUGGCUAUUAUUCAUGUAUGGAGGUAGUGUUUGGUGACAAGGAUUAUUCACUAUAGGAUGAACGGCCAAGUUGUGUGGAUUUUACGAGCAACUUUUGUAGGUUCGUUGGAUUUGGAUGCAAUUGUUCAAGUUUCAAAGUUGAUUUCAAUUUCAAAUGGAUGUUGACACUGCGGAAAAUGUACUUGGGAGGGAAAACCCUUUGUGAAAUACACAGUGAGUAGGUUUGGGAAACAAUUAGGGUACAUAGACCAUAGGUGCCUUGGUGGAAAGUCUUGUGGAAUAAAUUCAUCAUUCCAAAAUACAUGUUUCUUGUUUGGUUGAUAAUUUUGAGAAGAGACUGUUUAUUUGAAGGCUAUAAUUAUUCUAGAUAGUUGUAUGUUGUUUUUGUUAGUCUGCAAGCAUGACAAAAUUGGUUGCAUACACGGGAUGGGGAAUUACAACAAGCCUGUUCUGCAGUAGGAGCAGGGAUGCAUUUGGUCGUAUCUACUGUGAACUUUGGUGUUGAUUAGUGAUUUUCUUAUUGAAAGAAAGAUGUGGUUGUGUUUUGGAGGAAGAAGUUUGAUUGGACAGACUUGUUGCUUUGCUUCAAUAAUGAAGCAGUGUUGUUUGUCAUGGGCAAUGGUGAGUUUAGUGAGGAGUAGGAAAGUUUAUAUGUAUUUUUUAGGUUGGUUUGAGGAGUUUUGACAGGUGAUGUAGCCAAUUCUGGACUUUGUCCUAAUUAUUUUAAGGUUUGAUGUAUUGAUCAAGUGAGCUUAAUAUAAAUCCUAAUUAUUGAGAAAUGUUUUUGGAUUGAUGUUGCUACCAAAAUAAAAUUGGAUUGAUGUCACAUGUAGCAUGUAAGGAGAAAAUCAAGUGCAUAAACACUUCCCCCUUUAAAUUUUAAUAGACUAUAUCUCAUUGAUUUUAGUAUAUGUUAUAGUAGUAUGAAAAAUAGUCUAUGAUGAUACAAUGUUAAAAUUUCCUUCUCAAAAAAUAUUGAAAAUAAAUAUAAUUCUUUUUAAAAAAGUAAGCCUUCUUAAUGAAUUACUUUCUUAAAUAUAGGUAUCCAAAUCCUGAGCAUUGAAUCUUACAAUCAAAGUUUGAUUUCAUUUAUUAAUGACUCUCUUGAGAAAUAGUAUCCAAAUCCACAACAUUUAUUGUUACAAUCACAACUAGUUUUUCUUAAUCACUUAUUUUCCUUAUAGUGACUCAAUAAUUGCAUUGCAUAUCCUAAAAUCGUAAAUUCUCAUUAUUUUCACUCCAUCUUGUAUAGUAUAUAAAUGAUGAACUACUCAAUCAUUUCCAUCCAUCCUCCUCCCCCACCUUCCUUUUUCACUGCUCUAAAUUGUCAAUCCAUGAUGAAACCCAGAAACAAGUCAAUGGGUUUCGUUUAUGCUAUCGUCUGUAUGUUGUUUGCCUUUGCAACAGUUGCUUGCGCUGCUCUCAACUCAAUCCCCAUCUCCGGGAUGGAGUAUUAUGCACCUCCAGGCGCCAAUCCGUGCCAUGAACCAGGUCAUCCUUGCCAUCAUCCUCCUUCAACUGAGACGGACCCACAACUUGAGGAUUAUAAGCCUAUUGAUCCAGUACCAAAGCCUCCUCCAGUACCAAGCCCUCCUCCUUUAGCAGAACAUCACUGAAGAUAAUAUGUGUAAUUUAUAUAUGGAGGGAGGAUUAUGCAUGUGAUUUAACUAAGAAUAAUAAUGGUCUUUCACUUUGGUUCUGAUUUGGUUUUCUGAACUUUGUGUUCAAGCCGCUCGUUUCCCUUACUAAUAACUCGUCCUUAACCUGAUUAUCUAUCUUGCUCUUCCUUUUCCGUUUGUAAUUUUAUUAUAUGCUACUGAAUAUAUUGACAAGUGUGGGUGUCUGGCACGCUAAAACACAACACCAAAAUGCGACCAAGUGUAAUCGCAGUCCGAAAAUCCAGACUAGUGGCAAGUUCUAUUUUUCAACCCGGGGUCUAGAUCUACUGCCUACUCCGUGAUUAUCUAUUAUCUAGCAAACUAAGUCGAGUGAUUGUGAUUUUAAGUAAAAGUAGUAAGAAAGCAGGAAAUGGUUCAAAGUUCUUUAGCAAGGGAAGAGUCACUCGGGAAUGAGUCCCCCUAGCUUCUUAGUUAGGUCAAGGUUGUAAUUACCCUGGGUUGAUUAACUGUUGAUUAAACUGUGGAAGAUCCGAUAGUAGCUUGGAAUCUCUUAAGCUGACCAAGCCCUCUCAGGCAGACUAACCGGCAGGCGACUAGCCUUCACCGGGAUAGACUGCUGAGGCAAUAAAAGCAGAACUCCACUAAUGGAAUUGGAUUCCAGUACAAAGCAGUAAAUCGAUUAACCUCGUAUAACCAAUCUACCACUACCGAUUGAUGAAGCUCUAACAACCUAAUCAGAUUCUAUCUAUCUCAUGUUGCAGCAGAAAUCAAGAAAAGAUGAUCAGGCUUCAAUUGACUCAAUGAAUCAUGCAUCAAUCGAUUAAAAUCAAUCAGUAUAUCAAACCAAAGUCAUUACAAUCAAGAUUCCUAACACAUGGAACUAGGGUUCUUCAUACCCAAGUGAGAGAAGGUUCUACUCCCUAGAGAGAGAGAGGAAAACAAAAAUCAUAGCGGUCAUACUCAUAAAGAUGGGGAUAAUCAGCUCUCGGAUGUCGAUCUUCACUCUUGGGGAUGCAAUCUGGGCUUCAAUGCUAGAAAUUCACUCCAAAUAGCUCCUGCGGUUUGUUUUUCGCACUUUCUGUCUCUAAAGCUCUGUUUUUUUUCUCAAAAAGUAGAUUCCCCUCCAAAAGACCCGAAAUAAUUUCCCGAACACGCGGCCGUGUGAAAAUCCCAGCUGCCCGUGUGGAGGUGAAAACGCUGCGUUUCACUUAAAUGGUCUCAUGCACGUCACACGGCCAGAACUGCACGGCCGUGUGAAAUCUCGGCCUGCCCGUGUGACAUCUCUGUGAUUUCCACACGGCCUUAAGGGACCCGGUACACGGCCAGUGUGGUUUGCCCGCGCAAUUGAAUUCCACAUGGCCACGCCACACGGCCGUGUGGUUUCCUCGGCUUCUCGCCAAACGUCCAACCUUCGUCCAAUCGACCCCGAACUCGUUCCCAAACCUCCAAUCACGUACUAGAGCUGAAAUAUCACAAACAAGAACAACCUAGCAUGAAAUUGGCCUUCGAUACGAGAAAUGAGGCUCAGACGGCAUAAGAAUGGUGGACAAAAACGUGUGUAUAUAUCAAGUCAUCAGUGUCCCCUUCCCAUAUAAGACGAUGAUCAAGCUGAUGCUCAUGUGUCCUAUUUCGUAUACUCCAUGGUGGCAAGUAUCGACCUAAUCGGGUCAAACUGGUUUAAGAUUGGACUGAACAAAUCGGUCUGGGAUUAGACUGGUCAAAUCAAAUGUUUUGAUUCUAUAAAGGGACACAUCUCUUUGGUUUAGCGGCUACAUUUCCAUGUGCAAUGACAAACUUUUUAUGAAGCAAUGUAAGGUUUCCAGUUGGAACAAUGCGUGGAUGUUGCAACUACACUGUAGGUUUAUGAUACGGUAUCAGAGUUUGUUUGUCCUUGAGGUCAGAUGUGCAAGUCCUCAAAAGCCCCUAUAUUAAUCAUUGUCUUAAAGCAAAUCAUAACGGCAGACCUCUAUUAGAGGCAGACCUAGGUGAUCUCUUAGGACCCCUGAAAAUUUUGAAAUUACAUACAUAAUUGUUUAGGAUUUGAGGAUUUUAUUUUUGCAAUUAGUCUUUCUAUUAAGCCCACUUGGUCAAUAGAUCAAGACUAAAAAAAUCUAGUACAAAGUCCACAAUUUGACUACGUCACAGCCAAAUAACUAUCAAAGUAACCUACUCAAAAUUCAUAUACAUGCUAAUUCCUCUGAACUCCCAAGUCCGUGACUUCAAAACUUACUUCGAUAGCCAUGAACCAAUAUGUGUGGAUGAUAAAUUCCAGACAAAGCUGCAUUUCAUCCUGAAUUGUCGAAUCCAUACCACCCAAAAACUUAUCCCCCUACAUGAAUAAAAAAAAGAGGAAACGACCCAUGUCAGCAAUAUUCCCAUGUGGAUAUAUCUCUCAAUCUCAGACCACCUUCUUUCUUCGGAGUAGAUGAAAAAUUUCAUGCAAGCUUUGCCUUACCUGAACCAUCCCCAAACCACAGAAAGUCCAGAAAGUUCUUGAAAAUUUGAUCUAAUAAUUACCUAGGUAAAAUGAAAAUCGACAUCCAAUACAACACAAGAGAGUAAAGCAUCAGUGAGACCAGUUGAAAUCGACAUGCAUAACACAAUUUAUCAGGGGCGGUUUUAUUGUUUAAUUUGUCCACCAAGAUUCGAGAAACUGUCGUAUAAACUAAACUGCAUUUAAAAUAUACCAUGUGCAAAGUUGUUACAGAUGAAUAGCCCAUUGGUUAGUGUAAUGCGUUCCCGUAAAUUGAUGCAAUUUUGAAUCUAUAGUUUUUGUUACACUUAUCAUUUUUAUUUGACAAAAUAGACAAUUUAGUCCUAUACUUUCAAAUUAGUUCAAUUAACUACUUCAAUUUUUUUAUGAUAAUUUCUUCUACUUUAAAAAUUCCUACAUUUAAGAAUUUUUAUUAUAUAAUUAAAAAUUUUUUCGAACAAUAAUAUUCAUGGAAAUUCAUUUUUCAAACAUGAAAAUAUUGAAAACACGCUACACAUUGAAAUGCAUGAUUAAAAAUUCAUGAAGCAUAUCACAAAACAAAAACCAGGAAUACCAAGGUUCAAGAAGGCGCUAGGUAGGCGUUGUGCCACUGCCCAACGCCUAGUAGUGCUUAGGCAUGCCUAGUCGUUUUAGCAACAAACAUCCCUACAAAUAGCAUAAAGUAGACCAAAAAGCUUAUAAAACAUACCAGAACAUGAACAUCAAAAAAUUCAUAAAGCAUACCACAAGUUUUUAAAGAAGAUAAAAAAAACCUCAUAAAACAGACCACAAAUUCACUGAAUCAUAUCUGAAACCUCAUAAAAGCAUACCAUAGGU